AUGAAUCUCAAAAUAGGAUUCGAAUUGCAGGUUCAUGCGUUGCCGGAGUCGUUGGUUCUAAGCAUGCCACGUUACUGUCUAUUCGGUGACACCGUUAAUACAGCAUCAAGAAUGGAAAGCAACGGAAAACCUGGGAAAAUUCAUCUCAGCGAGAGUGCCUUUAUGCUAUUACAGCAACAUUAUCAUGGUGAAUAUGCUUUAGAAAGCCGCGGUGAAAUUAUCAUCAAGGGUAAAGGCGUAAUGAAAACAUUUUGGUUGAAUGGACGAAGAUCGCCUUCACAUCGGAAUCGCAGCGUUCCCAAGACUACACAAACCUGA